AUACUACUACAAGCUGUCAAGCUUGGGUAUUAUAUGAAUUCAUCACAUAUAAGUGUUUCAAGGAAUAGUGUUUUGUGUUAUAUCUACUGGUGAUGGCGGAAUUCAACCAGAGGACAACUUUAUUGUGCCUUUGGAGUUUCUAGUGCUUUAUUUGGUUAUCUUUUGAAGAAAUUUCAUCACUGCCGCUAGUAUCUGAAUUUUUUGCUUUAUCCAUAGGCCUUUUAGUGUUAUGGCUAUAAAGAUCAAAGUUCCCCUGAGAAAAUCAGUUGUGUGUUCACCUCUUUAUUGCUAGCGGUACUGCUAGGUGUGUUGCCCUUCAAGUACGAUGUGGCAUGUAGGAGUCUGCUUUCUGGUAGUGUUGCUAAUGACAUCAAUUAUCACUCCUUGUGGUUUUCUUUGUUUUCGGGUACCACCGAUUUCCACCUUCCUGGUUAUGUGUGAACCCAAUUCAAAGCUGAGGGUUCGUAUUGGAACCGCAAGAUGUGCUGCUGUUGCUGCUUUGUGAACACAUCAUAUUUAUUCUUGAUAUUGAAGUUUGUGGCUUGUCUAAUAUGCAUGUUAUUGUAGACUGUUAUUAAAAUUCACUGGGUAUAUUAAUUUAUAUACAUAUAAAAAUUUGAUUACUCUGCUUAUGACAAAAUGAACCGACUGCUACGUCAUCUUUACUAUUGGCAAGUCGCCUGGGCUAGUAGUGCUUCCUUGGUCCAUCUGAUUGUGCCAUCUUAAGAGUUAUUUUGCCUACAUAUAGAAUGUGUAUAUUUUUUGCUCUUUGCUUUGGUAUCCUUCACUUCACAUAGGGUGAGCACGGGCAUCUGCCAGGAGUUUGUACCUACCAACCAAAUCGCAGAAAUCAAGGGAUGACCGGAGGAUACCAGCAACAAGGUUAUCAGGCCCGACCUCCUACAAGCUGGGCUCCUCCUGGUGCCCCAAUGCAACAACCUGGUUAUGGAUAUGUUCAGCCUGGCGCAUACCCAGGUUCAGCCCCCCAAUAUAAUGCGUCGCAACCACCUUACUCUGGAUAUCCUCCUCAAGCUGCGUCUGCUGGAUAUGCCUCUGGCUGGGAUCAGGGUACUGCUCAAAAUCAACAAUCUCAGGCAGGUGGCUAUGAUUACUACAACCAACAGGCCCCACAACAGCAGCAGCAAACUGCUGGAGGUCCAGCCGCUUCGACUGAUACUAGUGCCUAUGGUUACAACCAGCAAUCUGCCACGGGUUACAGCCAAGGACAAGCUUAUUCCCAGGAAGGCUAUGGGGGAUAUCAUGCACCUGCCGCUCAAUCUGGUGGUUACCAGGGUUCUGGUUAUGAGCAGCAACAAGGUUAUAGCUCAGCCGCUGGCUAUGGGUGUGCUGCAAACCCAACAUCAGAGGGCCAGAAUUCGUCCUAUGGUACACAAAGUGAUGGCAGUCAAGCACCUCCACCAGUUCAGUCAUCAGUCACGGGCCAACAAGGAUAUCAUUCUGGCCAGCAGCCCAGUCCUAAUCCUAGUUACCCAUCUCAAGGCUCUGCUGCAGGAUAUGGGGUGCUCCCUACUCAAGGUGGGUAUGGUACGCCGCCAGCUGGCGGUUAUGCUGCUGGUUAUGGGGCCCCUCAGGCUCAAAAGCCUCCUAGUCAGCCAGGUUAUGGUCAACCACAGCAGUCUCCUAGCGCACAAGCUGGUUACGCCCAGCCUCCCCCAGCUCAGCCUGGGUAUCCACAGCCAGCUGCUCAAUCAGGAUAUGCUCAGGCUGAUCCUAGCACUCAGCGACCUCCCGCUUCUGCAUAUGGUGCUCCACCAGCUCAGCCAGGUUAUGGUGCCCAAGGUUAUGGGGCUCCACCUAGUUAUGCCCAGCAGCCACCACCGUACAACAGUGCCUACGGUGGUUACGCCCAGCCUCCAGCAUAUGCUUCUGAAGCAGCUCCGGCAUCGCAGUCUGUUCCUCCUAGUGGUGGGGUUGCGAAAGCAUCACCUCAGAGUUAAUAUCAGUUUUUUGGAAUGGUUUAAUGGAUCAUUUUAAGGAAUUUCAUAUUUUUGUUGCUUAGGUAUCUUUAGGUCUUGUAGUAUAUCAAGGCAGUGUUUUAAACUUCUGUUUGUUUUGGACCAUAUGUCUGGGUUGCAUAUUGUUUUCUUUGUUAUAUUUGCAAUUGGUUGAACAUAUAAAGGCAGCGUAUUAAACUUAGUUUGUUUUGGACCGUA